AUGCUUGCGUGGUGCUUGUUUUGGUCAAGGCAUGACUUUGAUUAUAAGGCUAGAUACUUAAGGGCAAAUGAUCGGUCUUGGAAGAAGUCUACUAAUAAAUCUUCAGCUGAUAAUCAGGACUUAGUGAAACAAAAUACUGAGUACGAUAUGGAGAACAAUGAAGAGAAUGGAUCCCGCGAAGAUUGCGAUAAUAGUGAUAUCGUAGUGGCUGCCUAUAAUGAAGAAAUUAUGGCUACCGCUGACAUCUCCAUUGUAUAG